AUCCACACCGCUUUCUAACCCCAUCCCCCACUUUCUUGUUCUUCUUCAUGAUCUCGGAAGCGAUUUUGUUUUUGUUUUUGAAGUUUUUGUUCUUAAUCUUCUUCUUCUUCUUCUAGAUUUCUACUCCUAAUCAUUUCAUUAUUCUCUAAUCUUAAAGGUAAACAGGGGAGGAAGAUUUUUGUUCUUCAUUUUUUUCCGCCAUGAAUGCUUCCUUGAACACCGAUUUGGGGUUUUUCUUCUUCUCUGUUAGAUUUCUCUCUGUUCAUACUUCUUUGAACUGAUCCACUAAUUGGAUUUCAUAAUUAUUUCAUCUCCUUCACUGUUUGCUUGUCUGAAUCGAAACUUGGGGGAAGAUUUUGAUCUUGGUUUAAGCUUCAAUGUCUAAGAAUCCUUCUGUGAUUGAUCUUGAAGCCAUGCCGUUUAGUGAAGUGUUCAGUAAACUUAAGCGUUUGAGACUGUUCGAGCCCUCGCUUGGGGUUUUUGGGUUCUUUUUCGUGUCUAUUUGUUUGAUUUGUAGCUUUUUUUUCUUGGAUUACAGAACUGCUUCAAGUAGGUUUGUGUUUCCUCUUCGAUCAGAGAGAUUUGUUUGGCUAAGAAACGCUAAUUUUGGUCAGAAUCGGACGGUUGAGUUUCUUUCUGAAGAGGGAUUUGAGUGUGAUUUGUUUGAUGGCGAUUGGGUUUGGGAUGAUUCUUAUCCUUUGUAUGAAUCCAAGAACUGCCCGUUUGUUGAUCAAGGCUUUCGCUGCUCUGAAAAUGGCCGCCCUGAUUUGUUCUACACUAAAUGGAAAUGGCAACCCAAAUUCUGCAACCUGCCCAGGUUCAAUGCAACGUUUAUGUUGGAGAAAAUACGAAACAAACGGGUCGUGUUCGUCGGUGACUCGAUUGGAAGGAACCAAUGGGAAUCACUUUUAUGUAUGCUAUCAUCUGCAGUUCCAAACAAAGAAUCCAUCUAUGAAGUGAAUGGUAGUCCAAUUACAAAGCACAAGGGAUUCUUGAUGUUCAAGUUCAAGGAUUUCAACUGCACUGUUGAAUACUACCGAGCUCCGUUUCUCGUCUUGCAGAGUCGACCUCCUUCGGGUGUUUCUCGAGAGAUCAAGACGACUCUUAAGCUAGAUCAGAUGGAUUGGUCCUCACCCAAAUGGCGAGAUGCCGAUGUUUUGAUCUUUAACACCGGGCAUUGGUGGAACUACGAGAAGACCAUAAGAGGAGGAUGUUACUUCCAAGACGGGAACGAGAUAAAGAUGGAAAUGAAGAUUGAAGAUGCAUAUCAGCAGUCGCUCAAGACCGUGAUGAACUGGAUCAACAACGAACUAAACUCGAACAAAACGACCGUCUUCUUCCGUAUGUUCGCCCCCGUACAUUUUCGAGGUGGAGAUUGGAGGAAUGGUGGGAGCUGUCAUUUGGAAGCUCUACCGGAGCUUGGUUCUUCGUUAGUUCCUCCCGAAACCUGGUCCCAUUUUCGGAUAGCGAAUUCCAUCCUAUCAGGUUACUUAGCGACACCAAAUUCAACUAAACUAGAGAUAUUAAACGUAACUCGAAUGACUGCACAGAGAAAGGAUGGGCAUUCGUCUCUAUACUACCUCGGUCCCGAUGUCGGUCCUGUGCCUCCUCAUCGACAGGAUUGCAGUCACUGGUGUUUGCCUGGGGUUCCUGAUGUGUGGAAUGAGCUUCUUUAUGCACUGUUCUUGAAGCAUGAAUGGACCUCUUCAGCUUCUCAGGCCACUUAAGUUGAAGUUUUUGCUUACAGAAAUGAUAGCCACCUCAUCAAUGGGCUCGAGUCCGGUCCCGACUCGACCCAAGCUCGACUCAAAGUCAAAAUUUGAUCUAACCUAUUUAUUCAUUGUAUCAGAUACGUAUCAUCACCAUUUUGAAGAUUGGGUUAGCCAAUGAAUCAGUUUGUCAGGCCGACCUAAUAGGUUUAUUAUUGGACAAACCAAAUAUAUGUAUAUGUACAUGUAUAUAUUUAGUUAUUCGUAUAUUAUAUUUUAUAAA